GGUAAAUAGAGGAAGAAGAGCAACCGUUGUUCACCAUCAUUGUAUCCUCCUAAAGCCUGAUAAAUUUGGUAGUUCCUCGUCAUAGCACGUUGGUAGCCUGCAUGCUUUGAGCAGACUGAGUCCGCGUUGUUUUAAAUAUUACACACUUUGUGCAUUUAAACCGCCGUAUUGAAGUGUUUUUUUUGUAGCUCGUGGGGAAAGUCGUCUAACGUGAAUAACUGUUUCGCUGAUAUUGGUGGCGCGUUUAUCGCCAUUUUGCGCGUUGAGCGACUCAAAACCAGCAAAAAGAAUGGCCGAAGCAGACCGACCGGGGAAGCUCUUCAUCGGUGGACUCAACACGGAGACCACCGACAAGGCCUUGGAGCAGUACUUCAGCAAAUAUGGCAGGAUCGUCGAAGUACUUCUGAUGAAGGACCGUGAAACAAACAAAUCGAGGGGCUUUGCUUUUGUAACCUUUGAAAGUCCGGCUGAUGCAAAAGAUGCUGCCCGGGAAAUGAAUGGAAAGUCUUUGGAUGGGAAGCCUAUUAAAGUGGAGCAAGCUACAAAGCCUCAGUUUGAGAGUUCUGGCAGACGUGGGCCGCCUAUGCAUUCUCGAAGCCGGGGUCCUCCCAGAGGGCCCCGCGGGUCAAGGGGAGGAAUUAGGGGCCCGCCAUCCAGAGACUACUAUGAUUCAGAAGAUGGAGAUGGCUACUAUAGUCGGAUGUCAUCCAGAGGUCCCCCAAUGAAACGAGGUCCACCAGUUCGCAAUGGGGGUCCUCCACCCAAGAGGUCGGCCCUAUCUGGUCCCAUGAGCAGGCCUCCCAUGUCCAGAGACAGGGAUCCCUAUGGUCCUCCACCCCGCAGAGACUCCAUGUCCAGGAGAGAUGAUUAUCCAUCCCCAAGAGAUGACCAUUACAACCCUAAAGACGGAUACUCCAGCCGGGAUUACAGCUCAAGAGACCGGGACUAUGGACCCCCUCCCAGAGAUUACUCCUACAGAGAAUAUUCUAGUUCUGGCUCCAGAGAUGACUAUGGCUCAAUGUCAAGAGGAUACAGCGACCGUGAUGGUUAUGGAGGUGGCAGAGAGCCGAGAGGCUACAUGGAUCGUCCCAGUGGUGGCUCCUACCGAGAUUCCUAUGAUGGUUACGGUAACUCUCGCAGCGCCCCACCCUCACGGGGCCCCCCACCAUCCUAUGGUGGAAGCGGUGGAAGCAGUCGUUACGAUGACUAUGGCAGCAGCUCCAGGGACGGCUAUGGCAGUCGUGACAGUUACCCCAGCAGCCGGAGUGACCCGUACCCUCCGAGCCGUGGAGAGAGAAUGGGUAGGCAGGAAAGGGGCCCGGCCCCCCCUGGCGAGAGAGGCUACCCUCCUCGUGACUCGUAUGGCUCAAGUCGUGGAGGGCCUCGCGGUGGCCGUGGUGGCGGUCGGCCUGAUAGAGGAAUGGCUCGCAGCAGAUACUAAAAUGGACUUGGAAGUCUCAUUAAUGCAAACUUUGAUCUUCGUACAUACUUGACACAUGUUUUGGAAGAAAUCUGAUGAAUACAAACAGACAAAAUGUGUCUUAACUCUGUGACUUAGGAAGCUUAGCUUUGUAUCUUUUACUUUCCCCGUUUUAUGUGUAUUUUUUUUUUCCCAUUUUUUAUAUAUAGUAUUUCUUUACCUAUGUCACAGUGUAGUUACUAAGUGUUUUUGUCAGUUCAGUGUGAAUUGAAUCUGCAAUGCCCUAAAUAUGGCUUUCAUACGCUAAUAAAGCUUUUAGUUGAAACUCUACAUCUCAUCGAUUUUUCACCUCGAGAUUUCUGACAAAAAAGUGACGGGGAAAAAGUGAUGACACGUCUCCUUUGCAAAGUUCUGUAAUCAUAGGUGAGUCUGUUCGCACAUAUGAUGGAGUGGAAUGAAAUAUUAAACAAAUGUGCUUCCAACUGGACACUACUGUUUGCCAGAUGGGGAAAUGUUACUGUCAAAAUGUUCCAAUGUAGUUCCCCUUGGAAAUGGAUCCAUCACCCUAGAGCAAUUUGAUGACAUGCAACAAGCAAACACAACUCGACUGAUAGUCAUCAGCUGGUAAGCAAAGCAAACCUUUGUUUCUCACCUGUAAAUGAGUUUCUCAUUGUCCUGUAUUACAAUCUUCACUCCAGACAACUUUUGCCUCAGGAGACACUGCAAUAAGGAAGUCAACUGAAAUAAGCGCUUUUAAUUGUUUUAUAUGGUAAUUUUUAUAAGAGCAACAAACCAUGAGGAUUCCUUCCUUUUGAUCAAGAUUGACAAUCUGAGCCCUCGAAACAACUUUUUGCUCAACGAGUUGUGCAGUUUCAAAGAAUUGGCAUCAGUAUUUUUUUUGACAUUAAGUGACAUCUAGUAAAAAACGUUUUGUCUUGGUAAAAGCCAAGCAGGCAUAAAUUAUGUUCAGUAACCAAACCUCUUCUACAAGCAUGCUCAAAAAAACUGGAGACCUGUGGAGAAACGCCAUCAACCCAGCAGCCAAACUGGAGGAAAAAAAAAAUCAUACGGAGAAACUUGAAGUUGGAUUGAGAACUACAAUAUCUUUAUAUUUUAUUUUUCAAUACACACUUAAGACAAGGACAAUGUUAAUUUUUUUUCUGUGUUGCAGGAUGAACAUCAAAGUAAUGGCUGCUGAAAUAUACCAGAGUUCUAUCCUCCAGUUGUUGGACUGAUUUAACCAGAUCGUCUUUAACCAACCUAGCUUUACAGGUGCUGUUGCAGGGGUUGGCUGAAACUGUUCGACUGGAAAAAUCUGUUGGAAGUGGGAAGAGUCCAGACUGAGGAAUUGGUUAAAUUUGAUAUUUGUUGUGUUUUAAAUAAAGUCUUUAAAAUCA